UACAACCAAGCUUUAAGAAAGUAAAUUACAAUGAAACUUCAUAAAAUAGGCGGAUAUAACUGCCGGGAGGUUGUUUAUAUCUUGCCAGGUGCGUUGUGUCUAAACAUUAACAAUCAUAGUUUUAAGCUUUCACGGUGUAUUUUCAAAUUAAGCGGUUAUUAAAGCUUCAAGUGUAUUAGGACGUAAAUGAUGACGUCGACCACACGCAGCGCUAUUUUGAUCACAAGGUGCGUGUUACUUUUCUCAGCGCUGGUGAGUUUGGACUAAUCACAAUCGUUAGUGGUUCUAGAUUUUAGAUGUAUUAUAUUUGAGAGAGCUAUGGUAGAUUUUUAAUUUGUUUGUCAGAUAUUCAUCCUUCGAAUUAAGUUACUUAAAAGAUAAUACAUAUUAUUACAAAAUCUUUUCUGACGAGACAAAAAAUGUCGUGGAAUUUGAAUGCGACUCAAUAGCGGUCUGUGCUGUUGAGCCUCCAAACGCCCCCUGGAGGAAUAGCAGGUGUAUGUCUCAUUGGAAACAGCUGAAGGUGGGGCGAAUCGGGAGUUUCGUUGCGGUUGUGAAUAUGCAAAGCCACCGGGCAGCCGUCCGUGACGCUCUUCAUGUGCUCGUUUCGGGUAGUUUACGAUUUUUGUAUCCGUCAGCGUCUCAAUGCAAAUAAGCAGCCGGAGCGAGUGUUUUCAUGCGGUGUGUGAGUGUCUGAGUGAAACUGCAGCACGGACUUCAGUGUGUUACAUGAUUGUAGGUGCUGAAAUCAAACCUGCAGCGUAAAUCUACACCGAGAGACACGCUGAAUAGUGUCAUAUGGAGAAAACCAGAUGAUCUUUGCCAGGGAAAGGUAUCCAGUAUCCUUUGUCGUAGCCGCAUCCCAGAGCCCCGUUAGAAGGAUCCAUUGAAGACCACCCUGACCAAAGACAGUUUCUCAUUCAUUCUGUAGUCUUGUAUGCAUGUGAGAGGAUGCAUAAGGGGUCUGAUCAAAGCGUGCACUGACCCCAGACGGGUAUAUCCACGAGGACCAUCUGACAGAACAGGAAGAGCAUGGAAGCAGUCGAUCGUAGCGGUUUACCUUACACGCUAUGGGUGUGGCGGAUCUCUGCGUAGAGGAGAAACCCUUGUGCUCGUGUUCCUGCCGUUCAAACAUGGAUUUACCUUCCCAAGGGAUGUGGCUCUUUGGGGCUCUGCUGCUCUUGUCCCUGUUCACGAGCAGCCUGGGCAUCCACAUGGACUCGGCGGUGGGCGCUCACAGCAUGUUCACCUGCGAGUCGAUCGGUCUGCGUAUGUGCCAGGAUCUGCCCUACAACACCACCUUCAUGCCCAACCUCCUGAACCACUACGACCAGCAGACGGCCGCGCUGGCCAUGGAGCCCUUCCACCCCAUGGUGAACCUGCAGUGCUCUCCAGACCUCCGGCCGUUCCUGUGCGCCCUGUAUGCCCCCGUGUGUAUGGAGUACGGACGGGUAUCUUUGCCCUGCCGGAGCCUGUGUGACCAUGCCAAGAGAGACUGCCAGAAGCUCAUGGAUAUGUUUGGAGUCACCUGGCCGGAAGAGAUGGACUGCAGCAGGUUCCCGGACUGUGACGAGUCUUACCCUCGCGCUGUGGAUCUGCUGGUGAACGAGGAGCCCACUGACCAGUCGCCCAUGUCGGUGCAGCGUGACUAUGGUUUCUGGUGCCCCCGCGAGCUCAAAGUGGAACCCGAGCUCGGCUACACGUUCCUAGGUGUGCGUGACUGCUCCCCUCCCUGCCCCAACAUGUAUUUCCGGCGCGAAGAGCUCACCUUCGCCCGCUACUUCAUUGGCGUUGUCUCCAUCGUCUGCCUCUCCGCCACGCUCUUCACCUUCCUCACCUUCCUCAUCGACGUUACACGCUUCCGCUACCCGGAGCGGCCCAUCAUCUUCUACGCUGUCUGCUACAUGAUGGUGUCGUUGGUGUUUUUCAUAGGCUUCCUGUUGGAGGACCGCGUGGCGUGUAACACGGCCAAUCCUGCCCAGUUUAAAACAUCCACGGUGACUCAAGGCUCGCAUAACAAGGCCUGCACAUUGCUUUUCAUGGUGUUGUACUUCUUUACCAUGGCAGGCAGUGUGUGGUGGGUCAUUCUUACCAUCACCUGGUUCUUGGCCGCUGUGCCCAAAUGGGGCAGUGAAGCCAUCGAGAAGAAGGCCUUGCUCUUCCACGCCAGCGCGUGGGGAAUACCUGGCAUGCUAACCAUAACCCUGCUGGCUCUGAAUAAAAUCGAGGGCGAUAACAUCAGCGGCGUGUGUUUCGUGGGCCUGUACGACGUUCACACUCUUCGCUGGUUUGUGCUGGCGCCGCUGUGUCUGGAUGUCCUGGUGGGAGUUUCGCUGCUGCUGGCCGGGAUCGUAGCGCUCAACAGAGUCCGGAUGGAAAUUCCCCUGGAGAAGGAGAACCAGGACAAGCUGGUGAAGUUUAUGAUCCGGAUCGGCGUGUUCUCGGUGCUGUAUCUGGUGCCGCUGCUGACCGUGGUGGGGUGUUACCUGUACGAGCAGACGUACCGCUCCGUUUGGGAGAUCACAUGGGUGCAGGAGCGCUGCAGAGAGUACCACAUACCCUGCCCUUUCCAGGUGGAGAAAACCAGCAGGCCUGACCUCGUCCUAUUCCUGAUGAAGUACCUGAUGGUGCUGGUGGUGGGCAUCCCGUCCGUGUUCUGGGUGGGCAGUAAGAAGACCUGUUUCGAGUGGGCCGGCUUCUUCCACCGGCGUAGGCGUAAAGACAGCGGCGCAGUGAAUGAGAGCCGGCAGGUUCUGCAGGAGCCCGACUUCGCUCAGUCUCUGCUGCGUGACCCCAACACACCCAUAAUCCGCAAGUCCCGCGGGACCUCCACUCAGGGCACGUCCACCCACGCCUCCUCCACACACCUGGCCAUGCUGGACGACGUUCGGAGCAAAGCCAGCAGCGUCCACAGCAAGAUCAGCAGCUACCAUGACAGAGACGGCAGGUUCACCCCCACCAGCCACAGAGGCACGGAGGAACGCCCGGCGUACGGGAGCAUGCCACGACUCAACGAGCAGCUGUCCCAUCACGGAAGCCUUCAUCGCCUCGACAGCCAACCCAGACACGGCAGCGCGCGGGACCUGAGCGACGCGCCGGCCACUAGCAUAACGCACGGAUCCAGUAUGAACCGCGUGGCGGUGGAGGACGACGGGGCAAGUGCGUAACCCAGAGACCUGUCCUCAGAUUUGAGCCUCCGACUGAAACGAGAGGCGUAUAUAUCUGUUGGCGUGGGACAGUCCCUGUCCUGUGGGAGCCUGGGAAGCUGUUGACGGACAGACAUGUGCUUUGGCAGCAGCAGGGAAAUCUGAAACCAUCCGCAGGAUUUGGCCCAUCGGCGGCGCACCUGAGUAACAAGAUAUGUUUUCUUUGAUACUGUGAAGUUCUGUUGGAUGAAGUUUACUGCACGUUUCGCCGCGUCAGGAUGAAGCAGGACCGGCCGCGGCUGUCCGAGGGGAUAUUUGCCAUUACAUCCAUCGCUCAACCCUGUUUAAAGAGUUAAUGGAUCAACGACGCUUGAAGAUUCAAAGAGAGAGAGUAUCGGUGGUUUUGGUUCUCGUGGGUAGUUUGGUUGAGAAGGAUCGCAUGGAGAAACGGCAUACCAGAGUCCUCACCAACACCUGAUGUGCUUUUUCCCAGCCGCUCUACCUCAUCACACUCGAUAUUGCUUCACUCGUCACGUUACACAGUUAAAAUGGAUUAAAAACAGCGAGCGUGUGUAUAAGUGCUUUGUAAAUGGUGCUUUUUCUGAUGUUGCUUCAUGAAUAUUUCAGCAGGCCAUUUCCUCAUGCGCUAUACUAAGGCCAUUAAACAUUACAUAAAAAUGCGUUCUUGAAUUUCCGACACGCUUUAAAAGUGAGUGUUUUUGUUUACGUGUUGGAUGAGAUUACAGUGGUACUCAGUGCCUAAACGUGACUUAGGACCCGAGCUUUGUAAAAGCCGUUUUUCUGAUCGCUAUUACCGCGUCUGCUGUAGCUUUGCCUUCGGUUUCCCGAUUACACUUGAUCUUCACGCUUGUCCGCGUAACUAACGAGGGAUGAUACAGCACUUUAACUGCAGCUAUCUGUUGAAUGUGUGACAGCAAAUCCACUCAUAGCAUCAUAUCAAGAUUUCAAAUAAAGCUUUUGUUAAAAAACAAAAAAAAAACGCUUGGUGUGUUUUGUAGUUCCCCAUUUUAUUGAAAUAGUCAGAUAAUGAGCUUUCCAUGUGAAAAGUGGUGUCCAAACCAAUACAAAUAACAGUAUUCCACCUUAAAUACAUUUGUGCAAAAAAAAAAAAAAAAAGAAAAGAAAUAGGAAAAAGGUAUACGUUGCAGUAUGGGGUAAUUCAUUUUCACAUCCCAACCAUUCACGCCACACGGGUCAAUAAAAUACAAUAAAAAUAAAACGAAACAAUCCAGCCGUACAGUCCUUAAAACAAGUGAUUACACCUAUGACAUGCAAAUCUGUACAUAGUCUUACAAAAAGUCGAAACCAAGAAGAAAACUAUAUGAUAUGAAGUAGCAAUCCACUAACAAGGCAAACGAAAUCCUCACGUGAAAUGCAUGUGAAUGUGUCUCAAAAAUCUGCUCUCGUUCUAGUCCAUUCUACCUACAUUGACCGGUUCACACCGAUCCAAGAAAACUAAGGCACCUCCCGCUCUAUUCAUUGCCAAGUAACAGUCCUAAAUAUCAAACGGCCGUCGUUUCUACAAUCUUAAAUCCUCCAUCAUGCAAACAUAUAAUCAUUGGUUCUGACAUACCUGAGAUCAUUUCAAACAGGUUUCCUGUUCAUGUUAAUACCAUAACCCUGGCAAAUUGUUUCUAACCCGUUACAGCCUUUUUAUGGAAAACAACAACAACAACCUGUAUUAUGAAUAUUAGU